AUGUUCGAUGUUUAUGGCGGUGACCCCGUUACCGUUGAAUAUGUUCUGUCGCUGUUGACCUUCGUGGAGUCCGUCGGACCAUGGGCACGGCGUGAAAUUACGAAGAAACUCGAUGCCGCGACAUCAGGUCUUCAUUCUCAAAUGCUGGCAUCCUUCCUAGCCGCAAAGAAGACCUCGGCCGAAUCCACGAACUGGAUGUCGACUGCCGGUCUAACCUGGACAGGCCGAUACCCAGCAGACGCCACAAGCGGAAAACCAUGUUUCGGUGUCUGUCCCCACGACUACGCCGAUGCAGCCAGACACUGGUGGCCUCGUCGCAAGCACUGUUCAACCAGUCGUGUCCAGCUCCAACUCAACAGCAUCAGAUCCAGUAGGAGAAAACAGUCCUUCACAAUCCACCAACCCCUCACCCUUGACGCCUUCUACGGCUGGUACUGUGGAUGCCCCCGUUCCGUCGACUGUACAGAACAACCCUCAGCCUCUGAAGAGACUUUGCAGUCAGCAGAAGUAACAGAAGCGCCCGAGGAGACAAAUGAGAGCGGUAAAUUGCUAGCCAUCCAGGAACAGACUGUCCUAUUACGGAAGACAAAAUUUGACCAGGGCGCCGUCGUGCUUUCCAGACCCGCAAGCGCACCAAGUUUGACAACUGGUAAAAAGUCUCAAGAAGAAAACCAAGGCAGUGGACUCACUGCAGAUUGCGAACGGAGAGUAUCGGCACCGCUAUCUUUAAUUGGCGAACUUGACAAACCUCCCCCUGUCCCUGUAUUAACUGACCCGAACUAG